ACUAGCUUGACCUCUAUUGCAAUUGAAAAUACUCCAGAGCGGAGGCUGAGAUCAUUGAUUAUUUUUUAUUUGACGAUGUAACACCUUUCUGUGAGGAUACGAUGACACAUGCCCCUUUGUUUUGUGUAUAACCAUAGCAAGAAGGGCUUAUGUGCUCCUCGCCGCUUCGUUGGGUGCUCAGUGCUGUCGGUGUAGAGUCCGUUUCACUGCAUCAACAUGGGUGUGAUCGGUGUGCAGCUGGUGGUUACCAUGGUAAUGGCCAGUGUAAUUCAAAAAAUAAUACCUCAUUAUUCCUUUGCAAGAUGGCUUCUCUGCAGUGGCAGUCUGCGGUGGUAUCAACACCCUACGGAAGAUGAGUUGAGGAGCUUAGCCGGGAAACAAAAAGGACAGAAGAGGAAAGACAGGAAAUACAAUGGUCACAUAGACAAUAAGCCGCUGACGGUUCCCAAGGACAUAGACUUGCAGUUGGAGACGAAAUGCAUCACAGAAGUUGACACAUUAGCUUUGCACUAUUUCCCAGAGUUCCAGUGGCUGGUGGAUUUUACAGUGGCGGCGACUGUGGUGUAUCUGAUAACUGAAUUUUACUACAGUGUGGCUCAGCCCUCAGGAGAGAUGAACAUCAGUGUGGUCUGGUGCCUCCUGGUACUCGCCUUUGUCAUUAAGACCCUUUUCUCUCUAACGGCGCACUACUUCAAGCUGGAGGAAGGAGGCGAGCGCUCACUCUGCAUUACCUUUGCUUUUUUCUUUUUUGUCAAAGCCAUGGCCAUUCUUAUCAUCACGGAAAACUACCUGGAGUUUGGUCUUGAGACCGGUUUUGCAAACUUCUCUGACAGCGCUCUCCAUUUUCUGGAGAACCAGGGUUUAGAGUCCCAGGGUCCCAUAUCUAAACUCACCUUCAAGCUGAUUCUAGCCGUACUCUGCUCUCUAAUAGGAGCAUUUCUGACUUUUCCCGGCCUACGAUUGGCGCAGAUGCAUCUCGAUGCGCUUAAUCUGACUACGGGCAAAUUUUCACAGACUCUGCUUCAUAUCAACUUCCUGUCCCCUCUUAUCAUGGUCUUGCUGUGGGUCAAGCCCAUUACGAAGGACUAUAUAAUGAACCCCACUCUGGGAAAGGAGAGUGUGCCUUUGAUGACUGAGCAGACGUAUGACACGCUGCGGUUAUGGGCCAUCAUACUGAUGUGCAUGCUCCGGCUCGCUGUGAUGAGACAUCAUUUGCAAGCUUACCUCAACCUGGCCCAGAAGGGCGUGGACCAGAUGAAGAAGGAGGCGGGGAGAAUAAGUACCGUUGACCUGCAGAAGAUGGUUGCGCGUGUUUUUUAUUACUUGUGCGUCAUCGCACUCCAGUACGUGGCACCGCUGGUGAUGCUGCUGCAUACUACUUUGCUGCUAAAAACCUUAGGUGGAUACUCAUGGUGGGUCUAUCCUGAAGAAGACCUGCCUUGCACCCAUGAUAUGAACUCUGACGCUGUGAUGGCAGCGGCAGGAGCGGCAGCUCCGACGCCCGCUCCGGCGGUAGAAUCGGGCGUGCGGGCGUCAGUGGCCCAGCUGUCGGUGGCCCUGGGCGGCCUCAGGACUGUGUUCAGCCCCCUGCUUUUCCGGGGCCUCUUCUCCUUCUUCACUUGGUGGAUCGCUGCCUGCCUCUUCUCCACCUCCCUCUUUGGUCUCUUCUACCAUCAGUAUCUCAUGGCGGCAUAGCAUCAGGAGCCCCAGCAGUGGCAGCCAGACCCCCACAGGGCUACUGUAUGUUCAGCCUGAUCACAACGAACUGAUUACUGGGAGCAAUAGAGGACUAUUGACUGAUGAGUCUGCUCCACAACUGCCCCCUUCCUUCCGUGUCUCUCCCUCCCCUUGACCACCUCUCAAUGACUGACCAUAUCAUCAAAGCUCCUGGUUCAAUCUCUAGUGCUUCCUUCACAGAUGACUCUUUGAACUCGUCAUUGUUUUUAAUACGACUUUUAAUUUGAAAAGCGAGAUUUAUAAAAAUAUAAUAACGGACUAAAGAAUCGAGUCGAGAGAAUACUCCACAGUCCACAGUCUGAUCCACUUUGCUGUAUGAUAUUUUAAUCACGUGAGGUAAACUACUUUCAUCACAGAUGCCAAUCACUAUCUGUUCUAAGUGUUCGUCCAGUGUGUAAAAUAUAGGUGAAAUUAUUCUUAAUUUGGCAGAAAGUGAUGGUAAAAUAAUUAUUCCCGAUUGUAUGAGCUGUUGUUUCUCAUUACCUCAGAAUGAACCUUUUUUAUAUUGACAUCAGGAGUCGGGGUCAAGUCUACGGAGGCCAUUUUGCACCACCAUCUUUUUCACAAUACAACAAACGAGAAUAUCUCUUUGAGUUACGUGACGUUCCCUGAACGCUACUCGUUGGUUCAACACACAGGAAGGGGUGAGACGAGGGGAUAUUUCGCUGUUAACAAACACAGUUCCCUUUUUUAAGUAAUUUCAGUGUUUUUUUAAAUCAUACACAUGAUAUGUUUCCAUCAGCACAUUUGAGAAUCAAGAUGUCUUUUAUUUUAGGAUGGGUUCAUGCUAGCCUGACGUCAGACACCUACAGGUGCAUGUUACAUCUCAACUUUUAAGGCCUUUGCACUCAAAAACUGGCAACAGGAUUUUGAUGAGCAAUACAGAGUUGUUGUUUUUUGUUUCUUUAAUCCGCUCGAUUGCGUUGCACUUAGCGUGCACUAUUUUAGUGUGGUUUAUUCACGUUGUUGCUCAAGUGCAAAGGCCUUAAAGAGUCGGUCUGCGUCAUGGUCCGCGCAGGUGAUCCGUCAGUCCCUCAUGUUCAUUGACAUUUUUUUGGGAGGGAAUCUCAUUGUUUGUGUUUAUUUCCGGUGUCUGAAUUCCAUUGCCACAGACCACAAAAUAUCCUGAAAGAGUCUUAAAAUUGUGCGAUUGUGUCUGUACUUGGAGGAGGGGGGCGGAAGAACUUUAAAGAUAUUUAAGAGUAUUGCUCGGUUUGCAUUGUGACCUCCCUCGUUUUAACUGAGCCAUUUUCGGAAGCUAUACGAGAAUCUGAAGCCGUUUUUUUUUGUUUUUUCUUCUUCUAAGAGGUGGCACUGAUUCAAAGAGAGGACAGUGUAUAUGGUACAAGUAUGUGUUAAUGUCCAAAAGUGUCUGCAUGUGAAGGAUCGCCGCUGUGGGGUCAGAUGUAAUCUCAAAAGGGCAUUGUCAUUGAGUUCUCGCCUUUUAUGUUCUGUCAGUUUUUGUUUCUUUCUUUUUUGAUAACAAGCUUUUAUUGUGUGUGUUUUUUUUUUAUUAUUCCGUUUCUAAUGAAUCAAAUUGUUUUGGUUUUUAAAAUUGUGCCAAGUAAGUUGAUUUCCUCUAGCUUUGGUGUCUGCUUUUGUUUUAAAUUAGAGAGGCAACUUGAUGAAACAGGGACCUCUUACUGACUACUUUUACUUUGACGAGUAAAUGCACACACACACACAUACAAGCGGUCACUGGGCUGAUGUGUUGAGGAUUGUUGGGCACAUACUGCCAGGUUAAUCACCUCUGCUCGUUUUAUUUCAUCAUCACAUCCACCGUGUUUUGUACAGGACACAUCUGACACCAUAUCACACACAUUUGAAGCUUCACUGUUUGUCUGUUUGUUUUUUAAAUCCUAGGGAAUAACACAUAAUGAAUGUAUCAUUCUUGCCUCAUUUCUAGGUUGUUUUUAAUGAAAAUGAUUUGUAUGGUGAGUUGAUUUAACCCCUGCACUUCCUAAUCUUCCCGUGACCCAAUAAUAAUUCUACCUGUUGGAACGAAAUCUAAUUUGUCCUAAUGACUAUUUUUUGUUUUGAUUUGAAUUUGUAUUUAUUACACAUGCUGAGGCCUGUAAACAUUUCUUUUAACAACACACUCGUUUAUUUUGUUAUUGUUGGAGUGUAUGACGACUUAAAAAUCGGUUUUGAAUACGUUGUUGACAAAUCAAUUACAGAUUAUUCAUUUUUUUUCUUGAACGGUAAUGAUCUGAUGCGGCCUGUAAGAAGAUGCUGGGGGAAGCUUUCAGAAUUCUUAUUGGCCCGAUGAUGCUCCGUCGUCUGUUUGUUACCACCGAAAGUGUUUGUUGUUUUUGUUGUCAUCGGGUUCACAAAGUACAUCACACACGUUGUUGUUGUUCUUUCAUGUAUUUAUUUCUGCUUUAGACUUUGUCUUAAAUAAAUUAUGUUCUUUA